AUGCCUGCUGCCCAGCCCCUCCAAGUUGGCGCCACUUCUGUCAGCUACCUGUGGUCCCUGAUCCUGGCCACCAUGGGCCCCGAAGACUUCAAGUCGGCGCUUCGUGUCAUGUUCACGUGCCGUGCGCUCCUGCUCGAGCUGCCGCUUCGACUCCCCAUGCACCUGUUUCUCCAGCCGACCACGCACGCGGUGGCUUUGCAAUGGAACCGGCCAUUGCGAUUCCGGAAAUCUAAUGGGGUGCCGCCUGCAUCGGAGCAGGCACAGCAGAACCAAGAUCAAGGUGAAUCGUCGUCACUGCUGCAGAAUGUUGGCUGGAACCGGCCCUUGUUCUUCUUGUACUCUCGCCUCGGCGCGUGGUGGGACCCGACCACCGUCGACAUGGACGCCAUCGUGCAUGACACGCGCUGCGCCACCACCGUGAACCUGUACCUCAAGGGCAGCGUGUACCAGAUUGAAUCGACACACCUUCGCGCGCAUCGCCUCCACUUUGUUGAAGAGGCAGACCAACAGCAACAGCAGCAGCAACGGCAACAGCAACGACAACAGCAACAGCAGCAGCAACGACAACAGCUACAGCAACAGCUACAGCAACAGCAACAGCAGGGUCAUCCUUCAACAAGCCCAAACACCAUUGAUCGUGGCGCAACAACAGUCGAUCUGCCCCCCUUAUCGUCAGCUGGUGACCACAACAGCAGCAGCAGCAGCAGCGUCGCACAGGCGCAGCACGAUGCCCCCUCUGCCCAUACGAGAACAUCAGCCACUACUUCACCCGUCGUCGUGCCAGCCCGACAGCAGCGCGCGGUGAUGGCCAACGCUGCCGCUUUGAGAAGCGCAUCUGCUUGUCAAAUCUCGGCAAUCUUGUGCGACGUCGACACGACUGAAGCACUGUGCAACGUGGCAGUGUGCAACCUCGUGUCUCUGGAGGCCCCCUUUGAUGAGCACACUCUAGCUGCGCUGGUGUCCCUGCUGGAACAGCGGACGGGUGUGCUGAAUCUGCCGCCUCUGGCUAGCCUCACUGUGAGAACGGCGGCCACAUGCGUGCACAGCCUGUGCCAUGUGUCAAGCCUCUUCCUGUACCUCAGCCAGUGCGAGCAGCUCAAGGGGCUGCACAGCAUCGACAGCGUGCACGUGAUGCAAUCUCCGCGCCUCCAGCGCAUUGCAGACUUCAAGCGGGUCCGCACACUGAUCCUCCACGACUGCCCGCAGCCGCCGAUCGCCACCCACGCGCUCACCGGCGUUGCCAGCACCCUCGCCCAGCUGCGCGAAGCACACGUGCACGCAGACGGCGGCGGGAGCACGGUGUCGAUGAUCUUCCGCUCGCCCGUCAACGACAACACGUUGCAGGGGUUGUGCCACGCCCAUCACGUGCAGCUUCUCGAUUGCUCCUUCGUCACUCGGCUCACCUCACUGACGUGGGUGACCAGCCUUCACGUUGAGGACUUGAAGCAGGAUGCCGUGAUUCCAAAGUUCCACGCUGCAACACAGCUGGUGUUCCGCAACUGCCCACACCUCAAGAGGCUUGAGGCUGGACCACGCCUGCAGCGGCUUCACGUCGCCAACUGCCCGCAGUUUGAAGGCCUGCCCACCAUGUGCGUUGGUGUUUCCGUGGUGCUGAACAACACCGCCGUGACAGACUUCAGGCCCAUUGCCGGCGUGCCUGAGUUGAGCUUGUCCAACAUGGCUCACCUUGGUGGCACGACAACCCUGGAGGCGCGUGGUUUUACUGCAAAAUGGCCCGUCAAGGGCAUCACGGAGCUCCGGUCCAGCCUGCGUAAGCUCACACUGCGCAACCUGCCUGGCGCCAGUUGGCUGGAGACCAUGCCCCACGUGGAGGUGUUUGUUGCCAAGGAUUACGAGGCAACGGGCCCGGCGUACAUGCCGCAGGCAGUGCGUGUGGAGCUGGAGGCCCCUGCAGCCAUGCUCGAGCCCCUGUCCCACAGCGUGUGGACGCCAAGCCAUCUACAUGUGCACAACACGGACUCCUCGUGCAUGAAGCUACUCGGCAGCCAAGCCGCCUUGCUGUUUGGCGGCGCUUUCGGCGGUGUGUGGGAUGUGUCGUCCCGCCUUGGCAUCAACUUGGAGACGCUGACGAUGAUCAACCUCCAUGUGGUUCUCGGCGACGUGAAGGGUGUGCGGGACCUCAACCUCAGCAACUGCCUCGUCAACACGCGAACCAAGGAGGGCCAAGUGCCGGUGCUGAGCGAGUUGCCGCAGCAGCCGCAGCAGCAGCAGCACGAUAGCCAAGAUGCUGGCGGACAGCACACGGCAAGGAGCCGAGAAGCAGCGGUUUUUUUUCUGGAGGAAGAAGCAAAGAAACAAGCAAAGCAGCAAGAAGCAAGAAGCAAAAGCAAGCUAGAGAUGCAGUGGCGGUGUGUUGCGAUUGCUGUGCUGAUGGCACUGGCGGCGACGGUGCUGGUGACGGCAGUUGCCACCACGGCGGCGCCUGUCACUGCGAAGCUGGUGCUACACACACAAAUGGCCACUGGGCCCGGGAGCGAUUGCGUGGCCAAGGCGUGCUCACAAACGUGCAUCCCAAGCACGGUGCAAGAAUGGGGCAACUGCUGCAACCACACCGACACCUGUCGGUUUGAUGUGGUGUUCCAGGACUAUCGCUGCAUUCCAGCCGGCCUCAUUUGCUCUUGA